CAUAGUAUCUCGUCGAUGUCAGCGAUUAAAAGGCAGAGAUUUUGAGUGUUAAAUUUGAAUCACACGCUCAUGUAAUUGUGCAUAAUCUCUCUUUAAAUUUAUAUCUUUGAUGUAGACUACUCCAUAUUAAUGUGCUGUAAAAAGUUUACGAAGAAAAGUAACUGAUUGAGUUGAUUGUUCCAUGAAGAUGAUUAGAAAUGUUGUUGUAGCCAUGUCUGGCGGUGUCGAUAGUGCCGUGACGGCUCUUCUACUUAAAGACAAAGGAUUCAAUAUUACUGGAGUAUUUAUGAAAAACUGGGACGUUAGAGAUGAAACAGAAAAGUGUAUGGUUGAAAAAGAUUAUGACGAUGCUCGAUGGAUCUGUGACAAAUUAGAAAUUCCUUUGAUACAGAUCAACUUUAUUAAAGAAUAUUGGAACGAAGUUUUUAGUGAUUUAGUAGAAAAGUAUCAGAAUGGAUAUACUCCGAAUCCAGAUAUUUUGUGCAACAAGAACAUCAAGUUUGAUAAAUUUUUUCAUCUUGCAUGUAACAAGUUUCAAGCAGAUGCAAUUGCAACUGGUCAUUAUGCUAAAACAAACUUCGGACCAUAUCUAGAGAAUUAUAAAGCAAACACUAAUGUACACUUGUUACAGGCGCAAGAUAGCAAUAAAGAUCAAACGUUUUUCUUGAGCCAAGUACCACAACAAACCUUGAGACGUUGUAUGUUUCCUCUCGGAAAUUAUUUGAAAAAUCAUGUAAAGAUGAUGGCUACACAAGCAGGAUUGUGCCAAAUAGCACGAAAGAAGGAAAGCACAGGUAUUUGCUUUGUGGGAAAACGUGAGUUUCAAGAUUUUAUUUCAGAGUAUAUAGUAGAUAAACCUGGUGAUUAUAUAGAUCUAGACAGUGGACUGCAAAUAGGUAAACACGAUGGUAUUCACAAAUGGACAAUAGGGCAAAGAUGUAAAAUUGCUGGCUGUCUCAAAUCUUAUUACGUGUUUAACAAAGAUCAGGAGUCAAAUACUAUUACAGUGGUAGGUGGUACAACUCAUCCAGCAUUAUACACUGACUUUUUAAUAACACAGAAAAUGCAUUGGAUCUGUGAGGAGCCAUAUGAAUUGAGAUGGAAUAAUGGUGUGUUGAAUUGUAACUUUCGCUUUCAACACAGAAAUCCAUUAAUUGCUUGCAAAGUAUACAAGAUGUCCAAUGGUCGCUUAUUUAUUCGUCUUGAUGCACCUUUACGAGCAAUUACAAAGGGGCAGUAUGCUGUUUUGUACUCUGGAGAGGAAUGUCUGGGCAGUUCAAUGAUAACAUAUGCAGGACCAUCUUAUUUUGCACUUGGGCAGAAUUUUAUAGGUAAUUAUGAAGGAGGGGGCGACCUCACCGAUUUUAAUGAAAUUGGGCUCAUUCGACAAGUUUUUGCAUAAAACGAAAGAAUCUGGCAGAAAAAAGCGUCGCUCUGCCCCGCGAAUCGAGAUAUUAAGAUAAGCGUUAAAAUUCACGACUAUUUAGGUUAGGAAAUCUGUCAGCCACACUGCGAAAUUGUAACCCACGGAGUAAUAAGAAGCAUAAUGAUAUUACAUCAUGAUAAGAAGGAGAUCAAGCUCAAGCGGUCGGCCAUGAAAAAGAUGGGCUCGAAACACGGUGUCGGAAAAGCGCUGUAUAGAAGAACUGAUCCGAGCGCACCUGUCGGAGAAAA